UCUCUUUGGAAUUCUAUUUUUUUUUAUACCAGAUCUGUUCUGUACUUGUUUUGGUUAGGUUCGCUGUGUUGAAAAUAAUGGCGGAGGUAGAAGAAACCCAGAAGAAAAAGAGGACUUUUAGGAAGUUUACUUACCGAGGUGUGGACUUGGAUCAGCUGCUGGACAUGCCUGUCGAGCAGCUGAUGGAACUGAUGCAUUCACGAGCACGGAGGCGCUUCUCCAGAGGUUUGAAGCGCAAGCCCAUGGCUCUGGUCAAGAAGUUACGAAAAGCAAAGAAAGAAGCUCCUCCAAAUGAGAAACCAGAAAUUGUCAAGACUCAUCUUCGAAACAUGAUCAUUGUGCCAGAGAUGGUUGGCAGUAUUGUUGGCGUUUACAACGGUAAAACUUUCAAUCAAGUGGAAAUUAAGCCUGAAAUGAUUGGCCACUACCUGGGCGAGUUCAGUGUGACGUACAAGCCGGUGAAGCACGGUAGACCUGGAAUUGGUGCUACCCACAGUUCACGUUUCAUUCCUCUGAAAUAACAUGUAAUGGUUCAAAUAAAUUUCUGAAAGUGUU